AUGAUGGAAAAUGAAGACAUCACCUCAUCAUACAUCACCACUUGCGUUUUGAACGCUGUCUUAUCUUACACCGCUGUUAUGCUAAACUGUUUAACGAUCUACGCCUUAACAAAACUCUCAUCAUUACCAAGACCUUUAAAAACGCUGCUUCUAAGCCUGGCUGUUUCUGAUCUGGGUGUUGGUUUGAUGGUACAGCCUUCGUACAUUGCGUCUCUUGUCAUGGAAAUGGCACACAAAACUGAAAACAAUCCAGCCUAUAACAUAACCUACAAACUCUAUGUUUUCACGGUGAAUUUGUUUGGUUUUGCGUCUUUCUUCGGAGUAACAUUUUUAAGUUUCGAUAGAUUCCUGGCUGUUUACCUACAUCUAAGAUACCAGGAACUUGUGACCCACAAGCGUGUUGUUGUUGUAAUGGUUUCAAAGUGGGUCUUCAGUGCCGUUUUUUCGUUU